UGAAAUUCUUGAUACCUGAAUGUAUUCUAUUAGUACUAGUCAUCUUUUGCAGAAACACAUAUCAGACUCAAUCAGACACCAUUACUUGUGAUUUUGUUAUAAUUGGGGCCGGAACAGCCAGCUUAACUCUGGGCAGUUUAUUAGCAGAUGUCCCAUAUUGGAAAGUUUGCAUUUUAGAACGUGGCCCUAUGGAAUCGAGAAUGGAUGGGUGGUUUACCAACAGUUACAAGUUUACUACUCCUCAUGAUCCAAUGUGGAUAACUUCUCCUGUUCUAAAGACAAUGGAAAAUAAUAAAAAUACUAACAACGACGGACGAAAUAUAUAUAUCCCAAGAUUUCGUGGUCGUGGUGGAACAUCUCGCGUUUAUGGAGCUAUAAAUAGAAGAGCUAGUCCUGCUGUUCUUGAUUUGUGGCCAGAUGGAUGGAAACAUGACAAUUUGACCCAUUAUUAUAAGAAGAUGGAGGAUCAUUAUUGUUAUUAUGACUCAAAAGAUGUUACUGGGAUAUCAGAAGAAGAUUGCAAGAAAUGGCAUGGUAAAGGAGGUGCAAUGCAAGUAAAUACACAGAUGGAGGAGGCAUUCCAGAAAUUUGCAAGGGAAAUGAAAUAUCUUUGCCAAAAGACCAGCAUGCCAUGGGGUGGUUAUGCUCAUAACUACAACGGUCAUUUGGAAGAUAGAAUAAGCUGUAGUGUUUUUCAACAAUUCAAAAUGAGGACGGAAAAAGUUGGAAAAGACAAUUUUGUUCCUACACCGGAGGCGCGGAAUAACCGAGCGUCACAGACGGCUCGAGGUAGCAGUUUUUCUGGUUAUUAUGAACGAAGACAGAACCGAGAUAACCUUCAAGUCUUUACAUCUACAACUGUAACGAAAAUUUUGUUUCAAAAUACAAAGGCAAUAGGGGUCCUAUGUUUGAAUGAAGAUAGUGAGAAAAUUUUAACAUUCUACGCCCAGAAAGAGGUUAUUGUUGGAGGAGGGUCUUUUGAUACCCCUCAUUUGCUUCAGGUUAGUGGUAUUGGUCCCAAAAAACUUUUGAAGAAGAUUAAAGUUGAUUUAGUCGCUGACAAUCAACACGUUGGACAGCAUUUAUGGGAUCAUAUCUCCGUUCCAUAUAUACUCAAGCUCUCACCUGAUUCAGAUGAUUUAUGUUGCACUGGUCCAGACAGUAAAAUACCAACAGUAAAUAUUGAUGGUAAAAUUUAUGAUACAAGAACAUUAUCCAGUAUUAAUGGUUCUUUUUCAUGGAUUUUGCAUUUGAGAUCAAAUUUAACUCGGCCGGUGCAAAAUAUGUCUGACAUUCAGAUAUAUGUGAUAGGAAAUUCCAAACGUUUUGACGUAACAGGAUCACUGUGUACCGCUCCAACAACUGGUCAAAGUGAUUUAAAGGAAUAUGGUUUCUCUGGAGAUGAAGAUGAUACCGUUGAUUCAGAAGAUUUAAACGAAGGAAUAAUUCGUAUUAUCGAUCAGUGGCCAGAAUUCCGAGGCUCAAUUAAUGCUAUAACAGCCAACAUUUUCGACAAACCAAAAUUGGAUUAUGGAUGGACAUACACUGAAGAUGGUAUACCUACAAAAGAGUUCGAACAAGUGUCCAAACUAUUCAAAGACCAAAUUAGAAUGUUACGAGAAAUGUUUUUUGGUGAUGAUGUUCGAGAAGAGCUACGUUCUUUAAUUGUUGAUGAAGUUGCACCAGGUAAAGAAAUUGAUACGGAUGAAGAACUUGAUGCGUGGAUGAGGGGAAUGUUUGUUUCAGCAUUGCAUCCUGUAGGUACGUGUAAAAUGCCUGAAUGUGCAGAUGCAUUUUUACAAGUGAGGGGAGUGUCUAAAUUGAGAGUAUGUGAUGCUUCAGCGUUUGCCACACAAACCGAUGGAAACCCUGCUGCAACCCUCUAUGCAUUGGGUGAAAAACUUGCGGAUAUGCUCAAAUUUCAGUAUUUAAAGUACGUUAAAGUUGCGAUACGUCAAGACUUAUCAAUUCAAGUUGAAUCGACUAAACUGGAUGACCCGGAUAUUAGUGCUGUCCAAUCAUACACGACCUGUAAAGACACUAAAGUCUUGAGCGAAUGGAUAUCAACGGGAAAGUCAACUUCUGCUAUUAUUUACCGGUGGUCACUUGUUUGCAAUGAUUAUUCGAAUGUAAGGGAUAUUGCAGAUAAAGUCAUUGAAGUAACACUUAACUUGAAUAUUGACUAUAAUAAAUGUUCUACAGAAGGCUUCCCAAAGUUUAACCGUGAAGAAACUCCCUCUAUUAAUGUAGAAUCUGAACCAAAUCAUAAAGAAUCAUCUUAUGUUUUUAUAGUAUGGUGUAGGGCAUUUGAAAAUGUGAAUCCUAAUGAUCUGUGGAAAUCUGUUGGUUAUUAUAACGGAGAUAAAGGAAAUAAUCCUGGUUCCAAAAAAUGUUUUAAACUUAAUUGUGAGGAGGAAAUAUGUUCAAUUCUAAAAUAUAUGAACAACGAUGCUAGAGAACUGAUUUUUUCGGAACCAGAACUAAAUUUACCACUUAAAAACUAUGUUUCAACAAAGAAAAUUGUGUCUACAAACUAUGGAAAAUCAUCUUUUUAUGUACGAACUGGAUCAUUAAAAAGUAAUCCCGGAAUAGAUUGGUAUCAUGAACUUGCCGGAUACUUACUUGAAGAUGUGUAUUCUGCUGAUGGAACUAGACGAUCACGACAAUACCCUCCGCUGAACCGUCUGAGUGGAUGGUGGACAGAAAAAACGGAUGGACUUUUAUAUUACGAAUCCAAAGGCCUCAAAUCUAGUUUGAAUCUUGCAGCAUUUGAUUUAGACGGAACUCUGAUUACAACGAAAUCUGGAAACGACUUCCCUAUAGAUAAAAAUGACUGGGAGUUAAAGUUUCCUGAAAUAACCGAUCGACUGUUCAAGAAUCGAAUCGAGGGUAUCAACAAUGUUAUUAUGAGUAACCAGAAAGAAAUUGGGUUAGGUUUGCAAAAUAAAGAAGAAUGGAUGACAAAAAUAGAGAACAUAAUUUCUAAGAUUGGAGUACCAAUGUAUGCUUUAGCUGCUACACAAGAUAACAAAUACCGAAAACCGGAUGUUGGAAUGUGGGAAUAUUACAGACGUUCUUUAAACCAAUUCAGUUCAAUUGAAAAGUUCGAUGCAGUAUAUGUUGGUGACGCAAAUGGUCAAGAAGGAAGUCCAGAUUCAGAUAAAAUGUUUGCUAAUAAUGUUGGCAUCAAAUUUAAUAAUCCAGAAGAAUACUUUCUUCCUUCAUAUCAGAAAUAUCAUGAUGACCUUUAAUAUUCUAA